AUGAGUCAAAACAACAUACAAGAUGUGCUUAUUAUAGGUGGCGGUCCGGUAGGACUUUUACUUGGUGUCCUACUACGAGAUCAAGGUGUACGCGUUACUGUUAAAGAAAUACGAAAAGAUAUAUCACGAACACGAUGUGUUAAACUAUUACGGCGAAUUCUAUCAUAUGAUACAGUCAUUGAUGACAUUUAUUUGUUUUCUGAAAGCCAACUCAAAGAACGAGAAAAUGCUAUUGGAUGUAUUAAACCAAACCUGUUUGAAACGAUUGCUAACUGGUCUGAAAGAUUUAUACCACUUCAAGACAUUCAGGAAAGACUCCUAAAAGAAUAUGUUUCAUUGGGAGGUGUAAUACAUUAUACUAAUGUUUACGAUACUGAUACAAUUUCGAAUGUACUCAAAACACAUUCGAACACGGUUGUAGUCGAUUGCACAGGUUAUCAUUCUGUAUUACGUGAUCAUAUUUCACCAAAAAAUCGCAUCGAUCGAUUCAUUGAAUACGUUCUAAUAUGCACAUUUAUAUAUGAAGAAAACUAUGUAUGCAAUGCAUUAUGCAAAUAUUAUAAGAAUCAGAACACAAGAAAGUUCCGAAUUAUUCCAGCCAUCGGUGAUACUUAUUCGAUCAAUCAACAGAGAGAAACACAUGUUACAUGCUUAAUUACAAUCGAGGAGCCGCUAUUUCAACAAUUGUCUCAAGUAGGACGCAUAACAUAUGAUUAUUUGAAACAAAAUCAAAAGCAAAUUUAUGACGAUCUCAAUACGUUUUUAAAUAAUCUUUCAACUGAAAAUUUGAGUAAAAUUCGUUUUGAUACAAUGAAAUUUAUUUGUAUUCCUUUACAAGUGUAUCGUGCUCGAAAUCUAACGUACACCGCAAGUGAUAACGAACUCAAUCAACAUUGGGUCUUGAUGGGUGAUGCAGCGAUGGGUGGACCUUAUUUUCAAUCGAUUAGUAUAGGCUUCGAGUCCGCAAUUUAUUUUGCUUAUCUUUUUAAACAAAUGAACGGUGAUAUUCAAAAGAUGCUGAAGAAAUAUGAAGAAUAUGUUGAUAAGUUAUGGCUCUCACUUCAGAUUCGUACAAAAGAAAUUCAACGAGACAAACAAAUUUUGCAAGCAAUGUUGUGUACUAAUGAUCCAAAAGAGAUUUUGAAAAAACUUAAAACUUAUUAA